UUGGGUUGAGAGGUGGGCGGAGGCAGAGAGGGAACCUGGGGCUUGAGUGAAGCACAGCCGGCUCUUUACUGAUUGCGGGGCAGGCGGUAGCUCCCCUGCAAAACCUCUCUUCACCCAUUCCACCUUCAUCCCUCUCUCUGUUCAUCAUCCGAAAAGGGCUUGCGUUUAAAGUUUGUUUCUCUUUUUAAUUUUGUAAACUGUAAAAAGCAACCGAGCACCGAUGGAUCCGUCCUGCCAACAAGCGAUGUCGCAGAAUGGCAAGGCACCCCUGCCCAUUCAUUUCUCGGGAAACGGCAAAGCCAUCGGUAUCCUGACCAGCGGCGGAGAUGCGCAAGGUAUGAAUGCUGCUGUCCGGGCUGUGGUGCGUAUGGGAAUCUAUGUCGGAUCCAAAGUCUAUUUCAUCCAUGAGGGUUACCAGGGGAUGGUUGAUGGUGGGGAUAAUAUUGCAGAAGCAAAAUGGGAAAAUGUCUCCAGUAUCUUGCAAGUGGGGGGGACUGUAAUUGGGAGCGCUCGCUGCAAGCAAUUCCGUACCCGUGAGGGUCGUCUCCAGGCUGCCCACAAUCUGGUAAAGCACGGGAUAACAAACCUCUGCGUGAUUGGUGGAGAUGGGAGUUUGACUGGUGCCAAUCUCUUCCGUGAAGAGUGGAAAGGACUACUGAAAGAGCUCACUGAAGGAGGUAAAAUUGACAAGAAAACAGCUCAUAAGUACAGCCACUUAAAUAUUGUGGGCAUUGUGGGCUCCAUCGACAAUGAUUUCUGUGGGACAGAUAUGACCAUUGGCACAGAUUCAGCAUUGCAUCGCAUCAUUGAAGUGGUGGACGCUAUCAUGACCACUGCCCAGAGCCACCAGAGGACUUUUGUGUUGGAAGUGAUGGGUCGCCAUUGUGGGUACCUUGCUCUAGUGAGUGCCUUGGCAUGUGGUGCAGACUGGGUGUUCAUACCAGAAAGUCCUCCAGGUGAAGGAUGGGAGGAUCAGAUGUGUCAGAAACUCUCAGAGAACCGUUCGAGGGGCACCAGAUUGAAUAUUAUCAUAGUUUCAGAAGGAGCAAUUGACAGAGAUGGACAGCCAAUUUCUUCCAAUAUUGUUAAGGAUCUUGUUGUCAAGCGGCUGGGUUAUGACACACGUGUGACCAUUUUGGGUCACGUUCAACGAGGAGGUACGCCUUCUGCAUUUGAUCGAAUCUUGGCUAGCAGAAUGGGAAUAGAGGCUGUGCUUGCCUUGCUGGAAGCUUCACCAGAAACUCCAGCCUGUGUCGUAUCACUGUCUGGGAACCAGGCCAUCAGAGUUCCUUUAAUGGAGUGUGUACAGAUGACAAUGGAUGUUCAGAAGGCCAUGGAUGAAGGGAGGUUUGAUGAAGCAGUGAAGCUGCGUGGCAGGAGUUUCGAGAAUAACUUAAAUACUUACAAGUCUUUGGCGCACAGGAAAAUUCCAACACAUCAACCUACUGUCCAAUUCAAUGUGGCCAUCCUUAAUGUGGGAGCUCCAGCAGCGGGUAUGAAUGCAGCUGUUCGCUCUGCAGUGAGAACCGGCAUCUCUGAAGGUCACAGAAUGUUAGCAGUCACUGAUGGAUUUGAUGGCUUUAUGAAAGGGAAUAUCAAAGAAAUUAAAUGGGGCGAUGUUGGAGGAUGGACCGGCCAAGGUGGUUCCCUCUUGGGUACCAAACGCACCCUUCCUGGUGACAAUCGCAAAGCUGUUGCUGACCAGAUCCGUUUACAUAACAUCAAUGCUCUGCUGCUGAUUGGUGGCUUUGAGGCGUACCUGGGACUUUUGGAACUAUUAGCUGGGCGAGCCAAGUAUGACGAGUUCUGUAUUCCCAUGGUAAUGGUACCUGCCACUGUCUCCAACAAUGUGCCUGGUUCAGACUUCAGCAUUGGUGCAGACACUGCCCUGAACGCUAUAACUGAUACAUGUGAUCGUAUCAAGCAAUCAGCAAGUGGAACAAAGCGCCGUGUUUUCAUUAUUGAGACGAUGGGAGGUUACUGUGGCUACCUGGCGAGUAUGAGUGGCCUGUCCGCAGGGGCUGAUGUCUCGUACAUAUUUGAGGAGAAAUUUGACAUCCAUGAGUUGCAGUCCAAUGUAGAACAUUUGACAGCAAAGAUGAAAACAAGUGUCCAACGUGGUCUGGUACUCAGAAACGAGUGCUGCAGUGAGAAUUACACAACAGACUUCAUCUAUCAGUUGUACAGCGAAGAAGGCAAGGGUGUGUUUGACUGCCGGAAAAAUGUCCUGGGCCACAUGCAACAGGGUGGAUCACCAUCUCCUUUUGAUAGAAACUUUGGAACAAAAAUUUCUGCCAAAGCCAUGCAGUGGAUCUCGGGCAAGCUAAAAGAAUACUAUAGACAAGGGAGAGUUUUUGCAAAUUGUCAUGAAUCUGCUUGUUUACUGGGCAUGCGUAGACGUACCCUGGUGUUCCAGCCUGUAUCACAACUGAAAGAAAUGACUGAUUUCCAGCAUCGGAUUCCAAAGGAGCAAUGGUGGCUGGACCUCCGCCCACUGAUGAAGAUUUUAGCCAAAUACAAGAUCAGCUACGAUCUGUCCAACGCUGGCCAAAUGGAGCAUGUUGACCGACGUACGCAUGAAAAUCGCAACACCAUUGCAAUUUAAAAGCAGGCUGUAUGAUCAACAGCAUUUAUAUUGCCUAGCAGAGGAUAAAAGCAGCUUCUAAUUUGCUCUGUAACAGUUAGGUAUGUUGUACUGUUACUUUUUAUAGAAAUAAAAGCAGGCAUCCUUUACCCUUCCCCACACAUUUGCUCGGGCUAUUCCCGUUCACUGAUACAAAGUGGAACAAUUGGCUAGGCAACAUUGCUAGUUCAAAAAAAGUAACACCUGUAUACAGUAUAUUGCUUCUCAAUGCACUGUUCCCAAAUAUUUAUUGUGUGGAUCACCUUAUAGAAGACAAUAGUUUUAAUGUGAAAAAUCUAAAAGAUAUAUUUAUGUGACCAACGUAAUACAUGUGUUGUAGUGAAGUGAAUGUUUAUUUUUUUCCAGCUUCAAAUAAAACUCCUAUGGCUGGUCCUGUA